CUAGCUACGAAGGUGUUCCCCAGUUGACGUUGACAAGAAGUGAAGCUGCGACCGCGAAAACAGACGGUGCGGUCACGGCUGAGAACCACAUCGUCCGUCACCUGCCAGUGACUUACGACUUCCACGAUCAAGGUUGAUUUAGGCGCUCACCGAAACGUGGUCUGGCUACAUUGUGCCAGGCUGCACUCACGCACUUGAAAGGUUGAAAUGGGGGGCGGUGAAUUGCUCUUCCAGAAUUUUACCCUACUCGCAGUAUACGCAUGGACCCUCAAGGUAUUCCAAGGCGCGAAGCGCUGACCGCCUACUAGAUUGUAUCAGAGUACAUGCAACUUGGGUUCAUGAUUAUAACAGGACCUUCACUUCCGUCACACACCCAAUGAAUCACCUGCAGCUGUGUGUUUCACUUGUGAAGAUUUCGAUGGUCCAAAUAGUUCGACAACGAGGUGGCAAUGUGGUAAGUGAAGAUAUAAAAGCAUGUCCCCGCACACAGCAGGAACUAGGAAACCCUUCGCCCUACUGCAAGGUACUUUGCGACUGCGAUACACUGUUUUUCCCUUUUUGCUAUCACUGGAUUUACAAUUCUUACAAUCGCGAAAGACGAGCACAAAUGUCUUCUCCAGGAAAUGAAGCUCGAAUUGCCGUCAUGGGCCUCACGGGAAGUGGAAAAUCCACUUUCAUCAACUGCGCGAGCGAGUCGGAUCUUGUGGUAGGGAUGGGACUCGAGAGCUGCACGGUUGACGUGCAAUCGUCAAAGCCGUUUUACCUGGAUGAGUGUAUGGUAACGUUGAUCGACACGCCGGGCUUUGACGACACCAAUCGCAAGGAGAGGGAGAUCAUAGCACACAUAUCUGCAUACCUUGCCAACACAUACGAACAGGGCGUUAAGCUCACCGGCAUCAUCUAUAUGCAUCGCAUUUCCGAUCCCCGCAUGACAGGCACAUCGAUGCGCAACUUCAGGUGCUUCCGCGAACUCUGUGGGAAGGAUGCAUUCAAGAAUAUCCUCAUUGUCACCAAUAUGUGGAGAGACGACGAGCUAGAAAUCUGCAAUAAAAGAGAGAGCGAGCUAGCAACUGAUAACAAGUUCUACAAAGCUGUCCUUGAAGGGGGCGGUAAAAUGGUUCGUCAUGACGGCACGACAGCCUCAGCGAAAGCCAUCGUUCGCCAGUUAAUCAAUAAGGGCAACGUAACUCUCGCAGGCCAGCGGGAAAUAGUCGACGAGCACAAGGAGUUCUCGGGAACGGCUGUGGGUAAAGAGCUCACGCGAGCUCUAAAGGAACAGGCAGAGGAAUAUGACACCGAGCUUCGGAAACUCCACGCAAGUUUGGAGGCUUCGACCCGUGACAAAGACGAGGAGAAGCGACGGGUAGCCCAAGGUGAUCUGGAGAGCAAACGCGAGGAAAUUGAAAACAUUAAAAGUCGUAUCGAAAAUAUAGAACAGACCUUCCAGGCAGAGAAGGCCCGACUUCUGACUAUCAUUGCGGACAUGGAAGCAGAGAAGCUAAUGCAUUUGGAACGCAUACGGGAUUUGGAGAAGCAACAGAAGACACAGGCUGAACAAGAGAAACAAGAAAGGCUUGUGUUCCAACGAGAACUUUUUAGCGCCAUGCAGGAAAGUAGCUGGAUGGCAGAGGCGCCACUUAUUGUACGGCGGGAAGGACAGGAGAAAAGAUUUCCAUUUGGAGAAGACCUCCAGCACGAGAGAACGCGUAGACAAGUGGAGGAGGUACUCUGGUGGGGGCAGACGCUUCUACAAGUCCGAAAGUGGGCGGCAGUGGUGUUCAUCCAGGCAAAGGAAGCCUUGGCAUGCAAGAUAUUGGCCAUACAAAAAGCGCGAAUAGCAGAAAGGCUUCGCCACAUGACGAAGGAACUGGAACGCAAACAAGCCGAAGUGAACAAGCAAAAGGAAGAGGUUGAACGCCUGGUGAAACGAAAAGAACAAACGGAAGAGGAAGAACUCCGUCGGGAGAGAGAACGCAGGAUAUGUUUGGAACAGGCUCGCGAGUCGGGAGCGUUCGAGGGCAGCGUACGUGUACACACGGGCAUUUGGAUCUUCAAUACCCUUAUGGUGGUAAUGACCUUUGUCCUUGUUAUAUAGUAAUCACAGACUAGGGCGCAUGACUUCAAUCUGUCGGCUUGAGAGGAGCGCGAAGGCGGUAGUAGAG